AGAGAUAUUUUAAUAUCAAUUUGACUCUACUUACCAAAUUCCGUUUCUGCAUUGGAGUUGCGGCCUUUUCCGGUUUUCUGACGGCUGCGUGUUAUUUGUGGAAAAAUGGCAAAACGUACCAAGAAGGUUGGAAUCACUGGGAAAUAUGGUACCAGAUAUGGUGCUUCCCUUAGGAAAAUGGUGAAAAAAAUGGAAAUUACCCAACAUAGCAAAUAUACAUGCACAUUCUGUGGCAAGGAUGCAAUGAAACGUAGCGUAGUUGGUAUUUGGUCUUGCAAGCGGUGUAAAAGAACAGUUGCUGGUGGAGCUUGGGUGUAUUCCACAACUGCUGCAGCUUCCGUCAGAUCUGCUGUCCGUCGUUUACGAGAGGUUAAGGAACAAUAAGUUAAUUUAAUAAAAAGUCUUCACUAAA